AUGCAAUCGGACAGUUAUUACACGGGAGGGCGUGUUGGGGGAUUCCAUGUUCGGAGUAACCCAAAGCUCUCCGACAUAUUGAAUUCGUCGGAGCCGGAGGGCAGGAGUGGAAGCGGGGUAGGUAAUGAAGCAAGUAAAGAAGGUAAAAGAAGUUAUGGAAAUAGGGAAGGAAAUAAGGAAGGAAGUUAUGGAAAUAAAGAGGGAAGUUACAAAAGUAAAGAAGAUAAAGCAAGUUACCGAAGCUUAGGAAGCAACAAUGCAAACUAUGCUAAUACAACAAUUAAAAAAGAAGCAUCGUCGCAAAACGAAAAAAUCAAGAACGAGGACACGUACCUCAUCUCAACAUCGUCUCCAGAAGGUAUUGCAGCAGCUUCGCAAAUCACACCCUCGAGAAUCGCACGGAUUCUCCUGUCGGAAGGCCCGCUCCCCAUCCGGAGGCUUACGAGCCAGCUCAUCUCGGAGGUGCCUGCGUUUGGCCACCUCUCGCUUUCAAAGCAGAGAAGACUCAUCAUGGCAGCCCUAGAGACGGGGGACCCGGCGAAAAACUGUGUUUUCGACAAGAUCGGGUGGGGCCAAUGGGAGGCAAAGGUUGUUCCAGCGUCCCAGUUCGCAGCCAGGGUGGCAGCAGCCAAUAGUAUCGCGGCCUCGUCGAAAAGCGGCAGCGGAAUCGCCGGGUCGACCGCCAAGGCCCGCCGCAGGAGCUCUGUGUCGUCCGGGGCGAAGAACGCCAAGUCGCCGGUGUCGUCGGGCCUGCCCUUGCGACGCAGAAGGCGCCGGACCAGCGAGAGGAGCUCCGCGAGCCCGAACGGAGCACUUGGUAGCACACCGGGCACUAUUCCGGGCCCCGGUGGACUCGCCAGGCCGCUCACGGUGGGCCAGAUGGCCGGGCUCUCGUCCAGUGCCCCCUCGGAUGCGUUCAGGAGGGAGUCGAUCACCAACCCAAGCACAGACCUGCACAAUCUGAAAGUUCCGGGCUCCCCCAGCCUCCAGCCGCUUCGCAACCUUCGAAACUCGCUCCGGGCUCGCAACUUGUCGCUUGACGAGGCCAUCGAGUCGUCGUCCGACGAAGAUGAUGACGUGGACACGGCCGGAUCGUCGCCCAACAACGAGGAGGCCGGUGUGUUCAGCUUUGAGAACGGCGAGUCCGGUUCCGUGAGAAGCAUUCUCCGGACGCGGUCGCUGUCGGGCUCCAAUAGUCGUAGGCCAUCGUUUGGCGGCGUGGCAAAGCCUCGCAAGCCCCGUAGCUCGUUCACGAGCCACACCAUCGGGGCAGCACUCGAUGAGGGGGCCCUGGACGCCGGCCACCAGCGGUUGUCCUUCUCCAACCCGUCCAGCGUGUCCCGGCAGUCCUACCUCCGCACGGCGAUCCCCAGACGCGGCCCACCACGCCAGCCCAGGGGCCAGCCCCAGACCCGGGCCGAGGAGGCCGAAAACUUCACCGAUGAGGAGGACUGGGAGGCCAUCGGGGCCUCCUCGUUGCGUAACGGCAACCACUCCGCGUCCAGCCUCAGCAAGUCACCGUCUCCCGCCAAGGAUGCCAAUCAGAGGGAGAUGAACGCUGCCAUCGCCUUGAUGAACCUCCACACGGUCAGCUAG